CGUGAGGCACUGCCUGCAUAAACGUGUUAUCAGACACACAACUUUAUUGUUUGUUUUGUUAGGAUAGGUUGGUUUUUAUAUUUUCAAAAAAAAGCAGAAUGAGUGAUAUUAGCUCGUCAAGUAAAACGGCUGAACAAUGGAGUAAAUAUGCAAAAUACUACGAUCCUAUUAAAAUCGGCUCUAUCGAUGGUACUGAUACAGAACCACAUGACAAGGGUGUGAUUAGAGCUAUUAAUUCCGAUUAUGCUCCGAAUAGGCAUGUGAAAGGCCUUCCAGAAUGUACAAUUUUUGUUUCCCGUUUAAGUCCGAAGACUACUAAGGACACUAUUAAGGAGGUGUUCUCCAGAUAUGGGCGUAUACGAAGGUUUCGCGUAGUUAGGGAUAUUGUUACUGGUAUGCCCAAAGGCUACGCCUUCGUAGAGUAUGAAUCCGAGCAGUCGGCCGAAGAAGCAUACAGAAAAGCAAAUAAGUUGGUAGUCGACGGGCAAAUGCUAUUUGUAGACUUUGAAUGUGAAAGGUUACUGAAAGGAUGGAAACCGAGGAGAUUAGGUGGCGGAUUUGGCGGACGGAAAGAGUCUGGUCAGUUGAGGUUUGGAGGUAGGAAUAGACCGUUUCGAAAACCUAUUGAUUUAGAGCUAAGUUCUAAAGAACACCUUGACAAGUACAGACGAGAGAAACUAGAUCGUAAGGAUUCCGACAGGCGGCACAAAAGCAGUAGAAGGCGUAGUCCUGAGCGUAGAAGAUAUUCGUCUGAUAGGACAGAUUAACUGUAAUCGUAUUUAUUAAUUUGGUAAUAAACAAUUUAAAAGUAGUGAGGAUGUAACGUUUCUGUAACAUCUAUUUUAAAUAGGUAAUAAAUAGAUUACCUAUAGUAUUUUAAAUAAACUUAUAAAAACCA